AUGACUGCUGCUGCGAUACCUGCCGAUGUAUCUCAUACAACAUCGAAUGAUAUGCAUCUGGAAAUUUUCUGUCUUGUUUGGCUUGAUGCUAGCUCGAGCGGUAAAGAUAGUCGUGAGACUGAACAACAAUUACGCUCGAUUAUCAAUCAUUUGAAGAAAUUUCAAGAUGUUGCAUCUUGUAAAAAAUACAUUCAUGCACGAACAUCGAAAGAGCGAGUUGUUAUGAUUGUCAGUGGCCAAUUGGGACGCGAAAUCGUUCCUGCUAUUCAUCAUGUUCGGCAAGUCAUAUCGAUAUAUGUCUAUUGCAUGGAUAAAGAA